ACUUUCAUUGUGCGUGUUAGGAUCGUGGUGUUGAUAAUGGCAGUAACUGUGACAUCUUAUGUUGGUUUCGUAGAUUUUUAUCUGUAAUAUUCCAAAUAAACUCACGGCGUCGCUGCUCACUCGCAGAUAUGAGGAGGUUCAUAUCUCCACCCACUGCAAAAGGAAUAAUUCAAGCACUUAAACCGGAGCUGCCAUUGUUGUAGAGGCGGCGUACCUUACUUUCAACCUUACGUUUUAAUUUUCAUUAGAGAAGUGGCGGAAUUUUGUUUCCGUGUCUUCUUAAGGAAGAUAUCAUGGGCCACGGAGGGAGAUCGUUGCUGAUUCUUUUCUGCGUCUUUGCUGUCUUUGUCCACAUCGCCACUGCAGAUCUCAGCUAUUCUGUGCCGGAGGAGAUGAGGCCCGGAUCCAUUGUUGGAAAUAUCGCCAAGGACCUCGGGCUGGAAGUGGGGAAAUUGUUCACUCGUAAAGCCCGUAUUGAUACUGAGGAAAGCUAUCAGCAUUACUGCGACAUUGAUCUAAAAACAGGAAAUGUUGUCAUCAGGGAAAAGAUUGACAGAGAGGAGCUCUGUGGGGAGAAGGUUUCAUGUUUGAUUAAAUUUGAAUUGGUCCUGGAGAGCCCGUUGGAGCUACACCGCAUUUCACUGCUUAUUCAGGAUGUAAACGACAAUUCACCUGUUUUUCCAAAGGAUACAAUUAAACUGGAAAUAAGGGAAUUGGCCAUGAAGGGAGUUCGAUACCGUGUUAAUGAAGCACACGACGCGGACAUCGGACAAAAUACAGUUAAACAAUACAGCUUACAAAAGAAUGAAUACUUUGUUUUAUCUGUUCGAGAGGAUGCCGAUGGAUCUAAGAACGUUGAGUUAGUAUUAGACAAAGAGUUAGAUCGUGAAAAGGAACACGAUUUAAAUUUCGUGAUGAUUGCUGUUGAUGGUGGCAACCCACAAAGAUCAGGGACAACCAAUAUACACGUGACUGUGCUGGAUGCUAAUGAUAACGCCCCAGUCUUUGACCAAGCCUUGUACAAAGCCAGUCUACCUGAAAACGCUGCCCUUGAUACUGUAGCUGUCACUGUAAGUGCUACUGAUGCAGACGAGGGAGUCAAUGGGGAGGUGACAUAUGAGUUUAGCCGCAUAUCAGAAAGAGCUAAAAAGGUUUUCUCACUAAACAGUAAAACUGGAGAGAUAAAAGUCACAGGACCACUUGAUUUCGAGAGUAAUUCUAAAUAUGAAAUGCGUAUCGAUGCCAAAGAUGGUUAUGGGCUUUCAUCUGAUUCCAAAGUAAUGAUUGAAAUCACUGAUGUGAAUGAUAACGCUCCAGUUAUAUAUAUGACAUCUUUGAUGAGCCCCAUACCUGAGAACGUGUCACCUGGUACAGAGGUGGGCAUCAUUAACGUGCAGGACAGAGACUCUGAGACUAACGGACAGGUCCGCUGCUCCAUUCAGCAAGGUGUCCCUUUUAAGUUGGUUCCUUCUAUUAAAAACUAUUAUUCUCUGGUGACCACAGGACAACUGGACCGUGAACUAGUGUCUGAUUACAACAUUACGAUCACUGCCACUGACGAGGGCUCUCCACCUCUGUCCUCCUCUAAAACUGUUCAGUUAUCUGUAGCAGACAUCAACGACAACCCACCUGUGUUUGAGGAACAGUCGUACAGCGCAUAUGUGAGUGAAAAUAACAAACCUGGCUCCACUUUAUGUUCCGUUAGUGCUCGAGACCCCGACUGGAGACAAAACGGUACAGUGAUUUAUUCUCUGUUAUCCGGUGAGGUGAACGGUGCCCCGGUGUCCUCCUAUCUGUCUGUUAACGGAGACACGGGGGUGAUCCACGCUGUGAGGUCGUUUGAUUAUGAACAGUUGAGGAGUUUUAAAGUCCAGGUGAUGGCCAGAGACAACGGUUCUCCUCCGCUCAGCAGCAGCGUGAGCGUCAGUGUGUUCAUAUCGGAUGUGAAUGACAACUCUCCUCAGAUACUGUACCCCGCCCCGGAGGGCAACUCCUUCAUGACCGAGCUGGUCCCCAAAGCUGCACACGGAGGCUCUCUGGUGUCCAAAGUGAUCGCGGUGGACGCGGACUCCGGACAGAACGCCUGGCUGUCCUAUCAUAUAGUGAAGUCCACUGAUCCGGGACUUUUCACUAUUGGUCUCCACAGCGGAGAGAUCAGGACCCAGCGGGACAUUUCUGAGUCUGACAGCAUGAAACAGAACCUGAUUGUGUCAGUGAAAGAUAACGGACAGCCCUCUCUCUCUGCCACCUGUUCCAUGUAUUUACUGAUUUCUGAUAACUUGGCUGAGGUGCCAGAACUGAAGGACAUUUCUUAUGAUGAGAAGAAUUCCAAACUGACCUCUUAUCUGAUCAUCGCGCUGGUGUCUGUGUCCACCUUCUUCCUGACCUUCAUCAUCAUCAUCCUGGGUGUGAGGUUCUGUCGCAGGAGAAAGCCCAGACUGUUGUUUGAUGGAGCAGUAGCCAUCCCCAGCGCUUAUCUCCCUCCUAACUACGCAGAUGUUGACGGCACAGGAACUUUACGCAGCACUUACAAUUAUGACGCGUACCUGACAACAGGUUCAAGAACCAGUGACUUUAAGUUCGUGACGUCAUACAAUGACAACACACUGCCUGCUGACCAGACUCUGAGGAAAAGUCCUUCUGACUUCGCUGAUGUGUUUCAAGAUUCAUUCGAGCCUUCAGAGGUAGGCGCAUGUGCUUAA